AAAUCCCAAGCGAUCCCGCCACCGCUGCAAAUCCCGCCCUCCCGCGCACGCCGCCAAUUCGCCAUGCGCCUCGCCCAACGCAAGGCCCAGCUAGAAUCCACCCGCGAGCAAGAGGAGGAUGUGGAUGAGCUGACGCAGGAGAAGGAGGUCAAGGAGGGGCACGAGCGCUUCGCGAGGAUGUUUGAGGGCAUCGAGGAUAGCAGUAGUAGCAGUAGCGAUGAUGAGGACGACGACGAGGCGGAGGUUGUGGGCAAGGUGGAGAUUGGUGAGGGCGGGGGGAAGGUGGUUGUUUGAGGGGUGCUGUCGCGGUCGGGAUAGGGGGCUGGUUUUGGGCUGGUCCGAGUUGGGCAGGAUGGGACGGCGUGGGCAUCGGACAUGUGCGGCGUGGCGUGCGUUUAUAUAUCCACAAGAUACCUCAUCUCUAUGAAUACGGAAUGCGAAUA